AUGAAGCAAAAUCAGAUGAAAUCAAGCCUGGUUCCUAUCAACUACUGGCCAGUUUUAAUGAAUCAGAGCUCAAGAAAAUGGGCACUUCCUGAUUCUGCAGCCACCCAAUGCAAUCCGUCUCCCACUUCAAAACAACCAAAAAUAAGAAAUGGUGCUAUGAGAUUAAGGCCAAGAAUAACAGACACUGUGAAGGGGAAGCUGAUACUAGGGGCAAAGCUUCUCCAAGCCGGUGGCAUCCAAAAGGUGUUCAAGAAGAACUUCAGUACUGUUAGAGACGGGGAAAAGCUUUUGAAGGCAUCUCAAUGUUAUUUAUCAACAACAUCUGGUCCAAUGCAUGGCCUACUCUUUAUUUCUACUCACAAAGUUUCCUUCCUUAGCGAGAGAUCAAUCAAAAUCCCUUCUUCAACUGGAAAGUCGUCCAUGAGAAUUCAUCAUAAGGUAUCAAUCCCAAUUGUCAAAAUUAAGAGAGCAAAUGAAAGUGAGAAUUUGAAGAAUCCAUCAGAGAAGUACAUACAAAUAGUCACGGAAGACCAUUUUGAGUUCUGGUUUAUGUGGUUCCAACACCAUCAAAGAACCUUGAAAUAUCUCCAGAAUGUAAUCAUUUUUGAAGCUCAGUAUCAGUAG